AUGAUUCCAGGCACUUUGAGGCAGUGGCUGGAUGGCUGGGGGUCCGGCUUUCAGAGUGCCACCGAUGCCAGCAUCGGUGCGACUCAUGCCCGUUUUGGUCUCGGGGCGGCCAAGCUUCCACAAAGAUUGUUGGUGGGAACUGAUUGCAGUGGCAUUGAUGCACCGAUCCAUGGCCUUAGGGAGCUCGGCAUCCCGCACCAGCAUUUGUUUGGGAGUGAGGUGGCUGCUGGUCCUCGGUCGGUUAUCGAGGCUAAUACCAAGCCCUCGGUAUUGUUCCACAGUGUCCUGGAUGCUGACAAGGCUCAAAUAUUCUAUGGGGUCGUUGCACGCAUCCAACUUGUGCGGCCCUCGUGCUUCGUGCUGGAGAAUGUGUCAGGCAUCAAGCGUGUUUCUGCAAAGGUUCUGGCGGCACUCAGGUCCACAGGCUAUCAUGUCGAAAUGAUUUUGAUGAACCCUGCCGAGCUACAGGAGCCCAUCCAGAGGCCUAGGUACUACUUCAUCGGGGUCCGGCAAGAUGUGAGCCUCAUCUCGCCAAAGGACAUGUCGUGCUGGCUUCGUGAGGCUUGGGCGGAAGUCCAGGAUUCAGUUGCUUCCGGAGACGCAGUCGAUCUUUUGGAUAGACUGCUACCGGCGAGCCACCCUGCUGUGGCACAGUACCAGGAAAGCCGCAAACGGAAGUGGUCGCAAGCUUCCAACCGUGGGUUCCCAGGCUCCCAGGCUCCAGGCUCCCAUGCUCCAAAGUGGAAAGAAUUGCACAAGAUGUGCAAAGCUUCAAUGCAGCAGGGCAGCCGGUUGAAGAGUGAGAGUCGGAGGCCUUGCACUGAGAGCGGAGUCGCCUGCUGCGCAGACACGUUGUUCCUGCAUUUGCCGCGUGAGCGUGAUGCCUGGGACAUCAUUUGCACAAAGCAUGCAGGCAGUCAGGAGCUUGUCGCGGAUGUAUCCCAGAAUGUGAACCGAGCCCGUGUGCGGACCGAUGGCUCCCUGCCUACUGUUACACCUGGGGCCGUAUUGGUAUCCGCACGAGCUGGAAGGAUCAUUAGCCCGCUUGAAAAAGUCAUGCUGCACGGUUUUCCAAUUCACCGUAUGGUUUUUCCCAGCAGAGUGACCGACAAGGAGCUCGCCAGCAUGGGCGGCAACACGAUGCAUGUGCAGAUUGUGGCCGUGGCAAUGAAGUUUGCGCUUGCGCUGGUAAACUGGAGCCUGCCCAAAGCUUCCCGGCCGACAGCCUUGUGCAGCACGGUUGCUGCACCAAGCAUAACUGCUUCAGUUGUGCUCGGCGCAGCAGCGAAAUGCCGCAAGCGCCAUGGCAAGCCACGGAAGGCUCCCAAGGCGCCCAAGGCUGCAUCGGCGCAGAAGGCUCCAAAGGCACCAAAGGCUCCAAAGGCUCUAAAGGCUCAGAAGGCUGAAGGCAUGUCAGCUUUGGCAAAGCGUUGGCAGAAAGUCGUGAGACCGCAGUCAGCAAAGAAGUGCUCGAGGAAGGGUGCCACAGCCCCAUUAGCGUGCCGUCUUGCCCAUCGCUGGGCAAAGUAG